AUUUUCCUCAAAAUGGCGCGGAAAAUUUGAUCGUUCAAGUUAACUUCCGUAUUUUGCUAAUUAUAUCUUAACUACGGCUGAUCUGCUACUCUAUCAAGACUGAAAUGGUGGCAGAAUGAAAACAGAAGAGAAACAAGAGAAUCAUACCGGUAUGGAGGCUGUUAAAAAUAAAGUUCGUUCUUUGCUCAGUGCUUUUGAGCACGAUGAUCCAGCAAAAACCAAAACUGUUGUUGUUGCCUCUGAUCCCACUUUGAAACAAACAACACCAAAAUCAAAGUCAUUUCAAGAGAUUUUCUCUGAUACAAUCCGGAAGCUGCCUUCUAGAAAUGGAGUGAAUGAUAAGACACAAAAAAUAGUUUGUAAAACUAAAAAUAAAGUUCUAGAUUCAAUCAUGAUUGAUACGAUUAAGAAAGAGCCGAGAGCUCCUGAUUUAACUACAAAUGGCACAAUCAAUUUGAAACAUACAAUAUCUUCUGAUAUAAAAGAAGCAAACACAAUCACAUGUAAUGGAAUAGCAGCGGAAACAAUAGGAAUGCUCACCGACCCAUCAAUUGCUUUAAAUGGUACAAAAAGUAUCACUUCAAGUGCAACAAAAUUCAAAGUGAAAAAAGAGCCAAAAGGGUUAAAAACCAAAUCUCCUAAAACUGCAAGGCCUCUGCGACAAACGCCUCAGAGGGUGCAAAGUAACGAACAGAAGCCUCGAAAGCGACGUAAAAAACAGUUGAUUGAAAGUAAUGGUGACAAAGCUAAUGUUUCAGUAAAUGCUUCAAUGUCUUCUCAUCAUAAUGGAAGGCUUAACCAAGUCAGGAUUACAAUAAAUGGCGUGAAGAUCAAAGUUGAUCACAGUAUCCUGGCCAGAUGGAGCGAUGGGAGGUUUUACAUGGGGACAAUUGUCAAGGCUGAUGUAAUCAAAGAGAAAUGUCUUGUUCAGUUUGAGGAUGAUUCUCGCUACUGGGCAUUGUUUAAGGACCUGAAGGAGGCACCGCCAAAAGGUGAAAUCCACUGCAAUAGCUGUUUUAGUGUAACAUCUGAUAAACCUAAUGAAAUUGUGCUCUGUGACAAAUGUGGGAUAGGUUACCAUCAGCACUGCCACAACCCUCCAAUAGAAGAUGAUGUACUGCAGCCAGAUGCAGAGUGGAUCUGCAGACAGUGUAUCUUCAGGAAGUAUAAGCAGUUGGAUACACCACUCAAGAUAGAUACAACAGUAGCCAACCAGCAUGCAGUCGCCAAAUCUAGCUUUCCAUAUGAUAAUAAGUUGUUGAGCUGGGAUGCAAAUCAUAAAGUGAACAAGCAGCAGACCUACUGCUACUGUGGUGGACCUGGGGACUGGUUUAUGAAGAUGCUGCAAUGUUGCAGGUGUAAGCAGUGGUUCCAUGAAGCAUGCAUACAAUGUCUGGAAUACCCUUUACUGUGCGGUGAUAGGUACUAUAUAUUUGUAUGCACAGUGUGCAAUAAAGGCCCUGAAUACAUACAGAAGCUGUCUAUUAACUGGAUAAACCUGACCCAAUUGUGUCUGUUUAAUCUGACAGUUGUUAAAGGGAAGAAAUACUAUGACGUGGAUGAAAUCGUUUCCUGGAUUGAGACACAUCGUGACAAGUUCAUCAUUAAAGAUGAAUCAGACACAACAAAGCCAGAGCCAGCUUUAGCACCUAAGAUUCUUGAGAUAUUACUUUAUCAUACUAAUCGAUUCAAAAGUGGCAUGGAAAUUCGCAAGAAAAGGUCAAUAUUUGGAUUGCGUCUCCGUGUCCCUCCACCUGUGCCGAAGAUAAUACUCCCUGCUGUCGGCCAAAUCACAAAGGAAGUCAUGUCUAAUCUGCACAUAGUCGGGAAAAAAACCAAAACAUUCAUACCUGCUCAAAGCCUUUCUCCAGUCACAAUACCCCCAAAGAGAGGCAGUCAAGGACGUGGAAGAGGUCGCAAGAGAAAACAACAAGUUGAUGAUCAUGUGGCGAAUGGAGACCUCCAUCCAAAGAAAAAAAGAUUACUUGAUAUUAGACAGGUAAAUGGAACUUCAAGUGUUAACCAGGAUUAUAAAGGUUACUCAGGGAAUUUCGAUGUCUAUGACUUCCAUGAUGACAGCUCUUUACCUAAAGCUGUACCUUCUGAUCCAUGGAUCUCUGAUCUCAAGCCCCCUACAUUAUCACCCCCAAAAUUCACCCCUGGAUCUCCAGGGUCCAAAUCUCCUACUAAGAAAACGAGGAAACCUAAAGUAAAAGUGCCUUUAUUAGAGCGACUUAUUCCUAUUCCAACAACAUUCGAAAAACACUUAAAUCCAUUUAUGACUAUAAGUGAACAGAAAAUGGAAUCGGAGAAACGUAGAUUGCUCUAUGAAUACAUUGACGAUAUGACUCCAGGUGUAGAUGCUAGCCUACAGGAGGAGCCACCAGUCUUAGAAAAAAUGACCGACGUGCCAAAAAAACGUGGACGAAAGCCAAUCAAACGUGACACAGGCUCAGACAUUCCUCAGCUUCAGAAAGCACUCUCAGAGCAGAACAAUAAUUAUACUAAACUGAGAAAUAACAACAUUGCGACGGUAAGGGUUUCAGAUCACAAGAAAAUUAGUCGUUCAAGCUCAGGGACUAAUCCUCUAAAUCCUAAAAAGAAGUUAAAGGAACCAGAAGCCUUCAAAAUCUUUGGGCAGAGACAGUCAGCAAAUGGCCAAUUGCAGUACUUCAUCCAUUGGAAGGAUGAUUUUUUACCGAAGAUAUAAUAAUUUGGUGCUUCGUAAAAUAUUUUUUUAUGAAAUUAUCACUGCCAGAUGAUGUUUGUUUGAUAGAAUAAUGAAGAGGUUUUUCUCUCAGUUCUUUAAGAAAUUUGUAACUAUUUUGCAAUAUAAAGGAAUGUAUCAAAAAUAAGCUAGAUUUAAGUGACCAAGUCAUUAUUUUGAUGUAAUGCCCAAAAAUGUAAUUACAUGUAACUACAUUAUAUUUCUCUUUUCCAUAAAAAAUGAAGUUGAAUAUUUAUUGAUUUUAUCAAUUUUAAAGUUGUAAUAUGAUGUAAGCAGCAAAGCUGACAGAACGUAAGGAUCUUACAAAAAUUUAGUUGAAUAUUUAUCGAUUUUAUUAAAGUACAUGUACAUUCAUUUAAAAUUUGAUCUAGACUGACAGUAUACAAUGGACCUUACCCACUCUCCCAAAACAUCAUGAUUUUCUUCAAAAAUUCCAUGUUAAAAAUUGAUUUUGUCAAAUAAAAAGUUUCUUCUUUCGUGGUUUAAAGUAUUUGUAGGUGUACAAAAGGACUAUGUACUGGGAGGUUUUGGAUAUAGGGUAUAUCCUGAGGGCUAUAUUUAUAUCUCCCCGAGGGGCUGAAGGGACCGAGGGGAGAUAUAAAUAUUUCCCGAUGGAUAUACCCUAUAUCCAAAAC